AUGGCCGGGUCCUCGGAAAAUAAAGGCGCCUGGGACGUCCAGUCCGAAGAUGCGAAACGCCUCCUAGCAGAAGAUAAAUACGACGACUGCCUGUCGUGCAGGGUUACCGGUUCCGCUGCAUUUAUCGGUCUCGGAGUAUACAGCUACUACACAGGGAUGAGCAAUCUACGAAAGCAAGAGACGGCGGGCAUGCUGCAUGCAACAAAAUAUAAGAUGGGCUCCCGACAACUAGGCAUCGCAACGAUCUCUGCGACGCUGGUGGGAAUGGGGAUCUACAGGGCCCUGAACUGA